UGGCCCGCACCCCUCAGCCCGGAGUCCGGGCGCUGGAGCUCGGACGGAGCAGAUACUAGACUAUGUCUGUGGUUUUGGUACUGCUGUGUCAGCUGCCAAUAAUGUUUGCAUUUCCUCAUUGCAUAAGAAGAUUAAAGGAUUCAAAGCAUACAGGGAAAGAAGUGUUUACAUCGGAAAAAGAAGCCAAUUUGUUCAUUGGACGACAUCUUCUGUAUAACAGAUUUGAUUUUGAAGUAUUUACUCCUGGUAAUCUAGAAAGAGAAUGCUAUGAGGAGCAGUGUAAUUAUGAAGAGGCAAGAGAAAUUUUUGAAGACCCUGAUAAAACGAUGACUUUUUGGAAAGAAUAUUCCAUUAAAGGACCCAGCACAAAAUUUGGUGGUGAAGCUACACAAAAAAUUGAUGUUACAGGACUUCUGACUGGCCUAGUUGCUACUGGAGUUCUGUUGGUUUUAACUGGAUUACUUAUUUAUUAUUUCUGGAAAAACAGAUGCAAAGCAAGACAACCACCUGGGUACUCAGACAGUGUGAGAAGUAGAAGACAUUCAUCUAUCAUCUUUAGAAGACAUGAAGAGGUUUCUUUAAACCCACUCCCUCUAAGAACAGGUGAUGAGUCAGGACUGCCAACUUAUGAAGAAGCUGUGACAUUAGGUGGAAAAUAUGAUGUCCCACCACCACCAUAUCCGGGGCCUGCAAAAGGGUUUAAGAUGUUUAAAAAGUCUAUGUCACUUCCUGCCACAUCGUCUCAAACUUGACUUUGGAGGAGUGGGGAAUUAAUCUUUAUUGGAAGAUGUACAUUUGAAAAGGGGCAGUACCUUGCAGGACAUUUUUCACAAAUGUGAAAGACUUACAGCUCUUCAGCACAGCUAGGAGCAAGUGAAUUAUUUCAUAAUGGAAAUGAAAUUAUUGUUUUGCAAAAGUUUGAUGUCUUUUUCCAGCAUGAAACUUGUUUAUACAGGUUUUUGGUGCUAGAGCUGAACCAUGCAUAAAGAUACUAAUCUUUGAGCUCCCAUGCAUUUUGAGCCAAGUAUCAAACUACUGUUAUUCCUUUACUAGUUUUAUUUACUGUUUAUUCAGAAAGAAAAAUAUUUUUAAUAUUAAAAUCUGACUUAACACUAACCAUUUUUUAAAUUAAAACUUUAAACCACUGUGAAUAUAUUAAGCAUUGAAUAACUAACAAAAUAGAUACCUCAUUUGGUUGCUAGGUGGGUUUUGUACUGGUUCUAGAAGUAGUAAUGGGCUGUAUUGAUGAAAGCUAGUUAAUCUGUCAAGCUUGUAUAGUGUUAUGGUUUCUGUAUUAAUUUGUCUAAUUUUAAACAUUAACUGGGCAAUAUGAGACAAUACUGCAAUAAUGUAGAUUUUACAUGGCAGGAAGCCAUGCUUAGGAGGACAGAGGAUAUUCUCUAUAUGAAAAUCAUAGUUGGGGUUAUCUAAAAUAACGACUACAUGUAUUCUUCUCAACUUCGUCACCUAUUUACUGCUCUCUGUUGCAGAACAGUAGUUAUUGCUAGGCAAGUCAGACAGAUGUCUUUCCCUAGAUUCCAUUAACAACCCACCCAUAGCAAUGGCUAGUUGGUAACUAGUAGGAUUAUUUCUCUCCUUCCACAUCUCCACCUUAAUAUACAAAGUGUGAAUUUUCAAAGCAUUGUCUGGGGAAGCAACUUCUCCUUGAACACAACUUCCAUUGACUACCUUAGUCUUGGAGGCUUAAAGUCAAGACUUCUGGCUGAUAAAAUGAGUCCAAAAGUUGUUCCUGCAUGCUUAUACAGGUCAUUUACAUUGCCCUGCUGGAAUGUUGAGAUUUUAGAAAUCUCUCAUCCAUAGAAUGUCUAGUAAUCAGAAGACAAUGGACAAGAUUUUCAAAAGUGAGUGACUAAUGACUUUGUUUACCUUCAUUUCUGGAGCUCCAGUGGGAGACACUUUUAAAAUUGGAACUCUUUAACGUAUCACCAGUUGGACAUUCAGAAGCUGAGUCGCUUUUGAAAAUCUUGGCCAAUGGUUCAAUAGCAGCAAAUUAAAUUUCAACUUGUAUUUAAAAUGGUUCAGUUGUAUUCAGUCACUGUUUACAUUUACAGGUUGAAUGUUUACUUGUAACAAUUUUUUUUGACAGAGAAGUUCAGUGAGAAACUAAUAAUGACUCCAUAUCACUGUCUUAAAUCUAAAAAUCUCUCAUCUAAAGAGAAAUUGCUGGAAUACUUGAAAGAUAUAGGGUGCACUCAGAGUACUACAUAAGGCCAAUCUUGCCUAUAAGUAACUCGCAUUGACUUAAGUGGAUGGAUAAUUAUUUUCUUGUUACUGACUGACAGGAUUGGGAGUCAAAUUGGUUUCUCUUCUGUCUCUGUCAGACUUGCUUAUAGCUGAUGGCAAGUCACUUAACCUCUCUGUGCCUUACCCAUUUUACAGAUUGAAAAGUAUAAUACCUACCUCAGAGUACUGUGAUGUUUAAGUCAUUGCCAUUCAUACUUUGAGUGCUCUGAGAUUCUUGGCUGAAGAGUGCCAUGGAUAAUUUUUAACUGCUGAAGCCUUAAAGAUUGUGUCCAAUCUACUUCAAAGACUGCAUCUCAACUGAUCAGCUGAUAUAUGAAGUGUGAGCCAAGAGUCUCAUGGCUUAAUCACAAGGAGAGUGGAAACCACACAUCGUGAGUGAGAGGUGCUUGACCAUCGCAUUAACUUGUCAUCUGUAUACCCCAAGUCUGUUAACCUUCUACUCGCUUUGCAAGGCUCAUUUGCUCUCCCAGGCUUUUGCUGGGUGAAGAGAGAUUCGUAAUUGGAUCGGAGAGAUUUGAAGGGGAAAGGUCUAGAGAGGUUUGGGUCAUUGGUCUCAAUUAUUGUAUCUUGUA